AGCCGCAAAGGACGUUGUCCUGGCCGAGAAGCCACUCAUCUCGGAGGAGACGGACCUGAUCGAGCCGACACUUUUAGAUGAACUCAUCUGCCACAUCUCCAGUCUGGCAUCAGUCUACCACAAGCCACCCAACUCCUUUGUGGAAGGAUCUAAGUCGUCCUUCAAGAGGGCGCUUCCUCCCAGGUCGCAGUCAGGCAACCUUGGCGACACAGAGGAGAUGGGAGCCCCAGACACCUCAUCCCCCGGGGGAGACAUGCCAUCAGCCCAACCCCCACCGCAGGCAACUGUCAUUCCUGGUGUGGACUCCCUCAUUGGGGACCUCCUGGACAUGGACCUGGGGGGACCAUCCAUGCAACAGCAACAGAUGUACUCCAACCCUGCCUCCCAGACCCCCGUACAGACCGCCGGGGCCAUGGAUCUCCUGGGGGAGGGACUAGACUCCCUG